ACCUCACUUAUGGACACUCCUGUUUUUUUAGGGGACACCUUAUUGACAUGGUAGCAGAGCAUGAUUGGCAGCCUGUGGGUUACUGAUUAGUAUAGACACGCUGUUCUAGUUUCUGCCAAUCAACAUUAGGUAAGGUUUGCUCUUCGACCAGAGUCUUUUAUCAGUGAAAUCCUCUGCCGCUUAAUCGCCUUCACGGACCUCUGCUGCUGCUGAACAGGUAAAAAUAGUCAAUCAGUAGGUUCCUGGAAUCAUGAGUGUGGAAACCAAGGAGCACCGCGAGCCAUGCUGCUCCAAACUUAAGCUGUUCCUAGCUUCCCUGUCUUUUGUGUACUUCGCCAAAGCCUUCGGAGGAAGCUACAUGAAGAGUUCCAUCACACAGAUAGAGAGACGCUUCGACAUCCCUAGCUCUUUAAUAGGCGUUAUUGAUGGCAGCUUUGAGAUGGGAAACCUGCUGGUCAUAGCGUUUGUAAGUUACUUUGGGGCGAAACUUCACAGACCUAGACUGAUAGGGAUUGGCUGUCUGAUCAUGGCUGCUGGUGCCUUCCUCACUGCUCUUCCACACUUAUUCCAGGGACGGUAUGUAUAUGAAACAAGCCUGUCCCAUAUACCUGAAGAAAACACUACUGAGAGUAUUCUGCCUUGUCUGACCAACACGAGUCAUCUAGGCAUACAUGUUCAAGCAGCAGAAGAGAAUCAAGCAGCAUGUGAGAAGGAGGCAGGAUCGUACAUGUGGAUCUAUGUGUUUCUGGGGAACAUGCUGCGUGGGAUUGGAGAGACGCCGGUCAUGCCUUUAGGAGUGUCCUACCUGGAUGAUUUUGCCAGGGAGGAGAACACUGCCUUUUACCUUGCUUUUAUACAGACUGUGGGGAUUCUGGGACCCAUGUUUGGCUUCAUGUUUGGCUCUUUCUGUGCCAAGAUCUAUGUGGACAUUGGCUCUGUGGAUUUAGAAAGCAUCUCUAUCAACCACAAGGACUCUCGCUGGGUGGGGGCCUGGUGGUUGGGCUUCCUGGUAACUGGCUUUCUAAUGCUCCUGGCUGGGAUCCCAUUUUGGUUCCUCCCGAAGUCUCUGCCUAAGCAGGGAAAAAGCCCUAACCAGAAAAAGCUAAACAAGGAGAUAGUGACCAAGAGCUGCUCUGACACCACAGAAGAGGUGAAGGAGCAGGACAGUUUCCUGCUAGAGGAUAAUAAUGAGGACCAUGGAUCAAAGCCUAUCAGCAUGAAUGCCAUGGCAAAAGAUUUUGGGCCAUCCUUGAAGAGGCUGUUUACCAACAAAGUCUACCUUUUGGUCCUUCUGACAUCUCUGGUAGCCAUCAAUGGCUUCAUAGGAAUGAUCACCUUCAAACCAAAGUACAUGGAGCAGGUCUACGGGCAGUCUCCCUCUAAGGCCAUCUUUUUAAUAGGUGUGAUGAACCUGCCUGCAGUGGCGUUUGGGGUCAUCACAGGAGGCUUUUUAAUGAAGCGGUUUAAGCUAAGCAUUCUGGGAGCAGCUCGGAUCUGCAUCAUCGCCUCCUUACUCUCCUUCUGCCUCCUGCUCUCCCAGUACUUCCUAUACUGUGACAACUCCCAGGUGGCUGGCCUCACCAUGACCUAUCAGGGGGCUUCAGAAGUGUCUUAUGAGCAGGAGAGCUUGCUUUCUCAGUGUAACAUGGGCUGCUCCUGUUCUUUGAAACACUGGGACCCCGUGUGUGCUAGUAAUGGCAUGACCUAUGCCUCCCCCUGUUUGGCUGGCUGUCAGACUUCCACGGGCAUUGGCAAGGAGAUGGUGUUCCAUAAUUGCACAUGCAUGGGAGAACUGACGGAGGAGCUUUCUCUUUCACCAUCCAACAGGUCGGCCAUCUUGGGACAGUGCCCCAGGAAGGGUGACUGUGACUGGAUGUUUAAGUUGUACAUGGCUAUCUCUGUCAUGGGUGCUUUCGUGUCCGCCUGUGGGGCCACUCCUGGAUACAUUGUCCUGCUCAGAUCUAUAAGCCACGAUUUAAAAUCUCUGGCUCUUGGUAUGCAGACAUUGAUAGUCCGAACUCUGGGUGGAAUCCCCCCCCCGAUCUACUUCGGUGCUUUGAUUGAUAGGACGUGUCUGAAGUGGGGUUCUAAACGGUGUGGGGGUCAAGGGGCGUGCCGACUCUACGACUCUCAUGCGUUCAGAAUAACAUUUCUGGGUCUGGUGUAUGUUUGUUACGGCACAUCUUACCUGCUGUGGGGAGUGUUAUACCGCCAGCUGUCAAAGCGACAGAAGAAAUUGGCCCUGCGAAACCAGGCCAAAGAAACAGCCCUGGAAGCCAACAGGAACAACGGACAUGCCACCGUCAGCAUCAUCAAGAACAUGGAUGAUCUGGACAGGGAAAGCACUAUCUGAACGGGUGAUUUCCAGUCUGGCAUUGUUCAAUGCACUUGACCCUCUUGAAAGGCUGGCGGGGUGUUUGGUAACCCACGUCUCAAACUAACCAAGUUGUUUUUCAGCAGUAACCUGGUACCUGUACUGUUUUAAGCUCAGAACCUAUAAAUUGAGAAACACAGAUUUUGCUGCUAAUGCUCUUUGAACAGAGCUUUGAUCGUUUCCCUUUUCUCUCCAAUUUAUAUAGUUUCCAUGAAGUAUUCCGCCAUAUGAGUUAUUGAAUGUAGUUUUUCAAUUGCAUUUUGUCUCUAUUACACAUCACUAUCUUGCCCAUUCCUAUCUCACGGACCCUUGAACAUAGUAGAAACCAAAAACCUGUCACAACUGCGUUCAGUACUGUACUUUGAACCUAUGUAAAUUUUUCUCUUGUUAUAUGUUCACCGAAUUAAAGAGAUCAUAUACUAUUUCACAAGCCUUUGUUUGCCCUCAGUUUUAACUUUCAAAAAAAUGUAGUGGGGGUGGAAUGUUCUGUUUGUACUUGUAUCCUGUAAAGCACUGUUUCAAGCAUUCUGAUGAAUAAAGCGAUAUCGUUAUUGUCA